AUGAUUAAUGUUCCUUAUGCCUCUGCAGUAGGGUCCAUUAUGUAUGCCAUGGUAUGCACUCGACCGGAUGUUGCAUAUGCUUUGAGUAUGUGCAGCAGAUACCAGUCAAACCCGGGAGAGGCGCACUGGAUGGCAGCAAAGAAUAUCCUUAAGUACUUAAGAAGGACUAAGGAUGAUUUCUUGGUCUAUGGUGGAGAUAAUGAGUUGGUUGCCACUGGAUACACCGAUGCAAGCUUCCAAAGUGACAAAGAUGAUUUCCGAUCACAAUCUGGUUUCAUUUUUUGUCUAAAUGGAGGGGCUGUGAGCUGGAAGAGUUCUAAGCAGAGUACCAUCGCAGAUUCUACAACAGAGGCUGAGUAUAUUGCAGCAAGUGAUGCAGCAAAAGAAGCUGUUUGGAUCAAAAAGUUCAUUAGUGAACUUGGUGUAGUUCCUAGCAUUGAAAAUGGCAUUGAGUUGUACUGUGACAACAAUGGUGCCAUUUCCCAGUCCAAGGAACCCAGAUCGCACCAAAAAUCCAAACAUGUGCUCAGGAGAUUCCAUCUCAUUCGAGAGAUCGUUGAAAGAGGGGAUGUGAAAGUAAGCAAGGUUCAUACUGAGGAUAACGUGGCUGAUCCUCUGACUAAACCGCUUGCUCAACCUAAGCAUGAGAGUCAUACUAGGUCUAUGGGGCUUAGGCAUAUGGGAGAAUGGCUUUAGUUUGUUUACUUUAUGUUUACAAUUGUAAAGACAUUUAUUAUGCUUUGAAUGUUUAUCAAUAAAAGUUCAUUCUUAUUUAAUAGUUUGGUUUAGUAUUAAAUAAAAUGUCCAAAUAACUUGUGUUUUCAAAUAGGAUUAUCGAAAACGUUUUGAUAAUGGAACCCUAUAAAGUGAACUGAAAUCACAACUUAUUAAGUCCCUAGUCUAAAUCACUAAAUUGGACAUAAGUGAUUUACGUGAAGACUAGCAUGUAAUUAAUUGAUAGUGCAGUUCCAUGGGCUAUGGAGACAUAGGGAUGUCUAAUUGAUUAUAUGGAUGUAUACUUGAUGCAUUGUGACUUGACCUAACUAGAUUCUAAAAGUAGAAUCAAACUUCUAUAUUUAGUGGAUUCCUUAGACGUGAGUAUGUCUUAAUAACCACGAGACAAUUAGUUUAACUUUGACGCUGUUAAACGCCGCGCCGUAAAAGGAGGUUAUAAAGGCAGUGAUCAGGUGGGCUAAGAAUUGAGUGGGAGUUAUGGUCAUACAAGAGUGAAUAAGUCCUCCUAUUUGAUAGGAAUGGUGUCUGGGCCUCUUGAUGAGCGAGAACUGAAAAUUGCAUGGCCAUGCGGA